AUGUCAUUGACUAAGGUGACGAUUUUGGUGGUAUUCGAUCUGCUUGCAAUAACGCAUUUUUUAUUAAAUUCAUUCUUAUAUCAACCAAUAGUCUGUCAAUUUCCCGAACACAUAGAUUUACAGAAAAUAUCAGAAAUUACGGUCAGAAACGAGAAAUACAACGUUCUAAAACCAACCAUUCAUAUAGUCAGAGAUCAUUUCAAGGAUUUCAUUCAAAAACGAUCUAACAUGAACUUUCCCACCAAAAGAGUCUUUAUGGACAAAAAUGGCUUCCGACAUUACUGGCAAGGUAUUGAAUACGCUCCAAAUUUAAGAAAAAAUGUUCAAAAUGACAUAGUUAUUAAAAGUUCAGUUAAAUCUGAAAGCACAGAUAAAAAAGUCAAUGCUACAGAAGUCAAAAGAAUUGGUCCGAAGCGCAAACAGCCAAAUCGUAAGAAAAAAGCAUUUGAAAGAGUAUUUAUAGCCAAUAUAACGCCAAAACCUUUAAGAGAAGGAAGAGGAACUUUUGUGAAAACUACGUUUUUCUGUCCAUUCUUCGGAACGAUGACUAUGAUGGCCAAUGUUGAUUUAGAUGUCGAAUAACGCACGAAAUUGAUUGUGUCU